AUGCGCCUUUACAGCAUAUUGACAACGUUCACGAUCGGUAUCCUCAGGCAUUCCUCGGCAAUAUCGAACGGAUCUUUAAACCACUCGCUCAACGGGUGGUACUCUUGCUAUGAGUUCACUUUUUCGAACGCAGGAGAUUCAAGUGGUCAAGGUGGAGAUGCAGAGUGUGCUAUCUACACCGCCCCAUUGUGCUACCCUGGCAUCUGCGAGCUAUCCGCGUUUGCCGAGCCUACUGUUGAUAUUUUCGUUAAGCGGAUUCCAGCCACGGCGGGUGAUACGAAGACGGCUAACAAUGUUUGGCUGCUUCAAGGUGGCCCUGGUUAUCCCUCCACUGCGCUUGAGGCCGACAUGGUGGAGCUCCAUACUCAACUAGAAGGAACGGUCAACGUGUAUACGAUGGACCACCGCGGCACUGGACGCAGCACGUUGUUUGACUGUGUUACUGCUCAAACCACAACGACGGGUUCUAAGCUAGGCCGUGACAUUGACCCGGCCGAAGUUCCGAGCUGUGCGAAGGAUCUGCGGAUGAAGUAUGGGGAUCUCGCAUCGUUUUCCACGACAAGCGCUGCUACUGACAUAUCGACAUAUAUCUCCAAGUUUUCGAAUGGCGCGAGUUCGAUCGUCUAUGGUGUGAGCUACGGAACUGUGGUGGUGGAACGUUUGAUGCACUUGAACCCGCCAAGUGUUGUGGGAUAUGUUUUGGACAGCAUUGCAACUUCGUCAGGGGCACCAGGUAACAAGUUCAUGUACUACUCAACGUGGGACACUGAUUUCGGGGAAGUGGGCGAGCAUUUCAUGGAGUUGUGUACUCAGGACAAGACGUGCAACGAACAUUUCCAGUCAACCAAACUUUCUGCGACGCUCCAAAAUGUGAUGGCGACACUGGAUAACGACCUCAGCUCACCGCACGUUUUGAAGGAUGAAGCGAGAACGUUUAUUCCGCCUCUAGUAUAUAGAUUGAACCGCUGCGAUGCCAACGAUGUGGACGUCCUAAGCCCUUUUCUGGUAGGCAUAUCCACAUUAUCUUCCAGUUCAAGUCAGGAGGACGCCUUUCAAUCGACACUGUUGUACUAUCUCAUCAUAUUCUCCGAAAUGUGGGAGAUGCCCACGCCGUCGACCUCCGAGUUGGAAUUGCGUUUUACGAAUGCUGGAAUUGCCGAUGGGAUUUAUCCAUAUACUUCGUUAUACUGUGCUUUCUCGAAAGAGAAAUCUCCAGCAUGCGACGAGUUAAAUCUCGGUCUCUAUAAAGGUGAAGGAAUUGUUUACGAGCGUGACCAGUACUGGAACAAGAGUGCUGCCAUACCGACCCAAGCCAGCGUGUUGCUCUUGAGUGGUAAAUUGGAUCCGGAGACGCCAUCCAAAUACGCCGAGUAUUUGUUGGAUGCUCUUGACGGCUCAAACAAAGAGCUUGUCACGUUCGACUACGCGACCCAUGACAUCAUACAGUCCACUCCGUUUAAGGGUAGCGAUGGCUCCACUCUAAGCUGCGGUAUGGAACUGCUGGUAUCAUAUGUCAGUAAUAACGGCGAUCUAGAGCGUUUGGACCGGUCUUGCAUCGAUGAAAUGCCUGAUUUUAAUCUUACGGCACCAAUUGACGCUGUGCAAGGAUACUUCAGCACCGAUGAAGCGUACGAUGGUGUCUACAACGCGAGAUUGAGUCAAGGUGAAGACGUCUCUUAG